UUUCUCUUUGAAAUUAUAAACUCUCAAUAUUGUAAGAUAAAUUUGUCUGUUACUGUUAGUGUUUAUCAUUCGACUUGUUUAGCAUAAUUUUUAAAAUAAAUUGGCAACCACCAAUCACAGACCCUCGUUGUAUCUGACUGUGUCUUUUCGAGUGGUUACCAACGAGAACUGAAAAAACUCAAAACUUGAUAACGUCCCACUUGGAAGUGGAAUCGUUCCUCUUUGCCAGUAAUGCUCAACGUAGCACAAAGCAUACCGACGAAUAUAGUCAACCCAUUUAAAGCGUACACCCUUGACGAUGCAUAUUCAAGAUUCAACAGGGUCUAUUUGUUUGUUUUUUCCAUCAUUUGUGGUGCCGUGGUUACUUUGAAUGACUAUGCUGGAGAAACAAUCGAGUGCCACGGAUUCGACAUUUUCGCGCUACCCUUCCACGAAAACUACUGCUGGACUCAAGGAAUCUACACUCUUCUAGAAGCUUAUGAUAUUCCUAAUAACAAUAGGCAGAUUCCCUACCCAGGGAUUAUACCAGAGCAAACACCCUGCUUCGAUUUCACGUACUCCAACGGUACGAAGUACGUGUGUCCGAACGCGAGCUCCAUCCUCCCUCUUACGAGAGUGUACCACCUGUGGUACCAGUUUAUAUCGUUCUACUUCUGGGUUUGUGCAGUCGUGUUUUAUGUGCCCUAUUUGGUGUUCCGUAACUCUGACAUUGGUACUCUCAAACCAGUGGUGCAAAUGUUACAAGAUCCUGGUUUAAGCAGCGAGGAUGAAGAAAACCAGAAAAUAGAGAAAGCGAGCAGAUGGCUCGCAACAAGACUUUCAACUUUCCUCAAAGCUAAGGGACCUCUCCAGUGGUUCCUGGUCAGACACAAGUUCUUCUUUAUCGUGGUGUUCGAUAAACUUGCUAACUUGGCUGUGGUGGUGCUGGUCAUAUACGCCACGGAUAAGAUGUUUGUGAUAACUUCCUACACAACCUACGGCUCAGACUGGCUCAUGUCCCUGUCAGGUGACCACCCUUCGUACAAGGACAGUCCACUUGACAAGCUCUUUCCUAAGAUGGUAGCUUGUGAGGUUACCAAGUGGGGAACUACGGGACUAGUUAACGAAGCAGGAAUGUGUGUGUUGGCCCCGAAUGUAGUUAACUCCUACUUCUUCCUAAUUUUCUGGUUUGUCCUGGUUCUGGCACUGAUUGUUAACGCGUUUGCAGUUCUUUUUUCCACCACCUCUCAUCUGUUUACGUUAGGAAGAUGGAAAGCACUGACGGCUUCAACGUUUAUGAAAGGAUCAGCACAAGAAAAAUGGGUAUAUUUCACUUCAGGACUUAGUGGACAGAUUACAAUAGACAUCAUAGCCGCCAACCUUUCACCAAGAACGUUUGAGAAGGUUUUUAAACGGACAUCUGAGAAACUGGCAGACAUGGAAAAAAGCGAGUAUAACAUAUAUAGUAAUAGAAAUAAUAAUCGAAAUGUUGCCGAGGUGCUCCCAACUGUGAAUAAGUAAUAAAUAAACUGAAUAGAUUUGUGUUCAGCCUCUGAAAAUGAACAUUUUACUCUGAGUCUUAACUUCUGAGUUAUAUUGGACGAUUUAAUCUAAUUUAGUUUGCUUUUCUUCAGAAAAAUCGAUGAUUAUUUCUAAAACUAACGAAUGUUCACAAUUAAGUACACUUUGUUUCUGUUGGUUGGAAAUUGCGAAUUUUACCGAAAUACAAUUUAUAGUUCAAUAUAUUAUUAUCUGUAAAUUGUAAUGAAGUUCUAACACUUAAACCUUAUGAUUGUCAGUGUCUCGAACAAGAUCUAAAUGCUCAUAAAACAGAAUAUAUUAUCAAUUAGGUUUAAAAUCUGAUAUCAGUUACUAAAAUUGUUAAAAUGCCUGUUACCAUUUAUCAAUAUGCCUCAAAAAUAUUAGCAAAAGCGGAAAAUACAUGGAGGCAUCAAAAUUCAAGUGACAAUACUUCAGAAUAGAUUAUUACAACUGAAAUGUUUGAAAAGUUGUCUUCUGGUCGCAAUGAUAUUUAUUAACAGUUUCUGUAAUAUCAUUCAAAACUUGAAGACUUUGAAAAGUU